AUUGUUGGUACUGUUAGUGGUGCAGCUUGCAUUGGAGGUGGUGUUGUUGAUGCCACAGCCCUUGCAAACGAUGUUGCUGCUGUAGAGGCCUCUGCUGCCGUGAAGAAGGAAUAGAAAGCGAUGAAGACAUGGAGGAGAAAUGAGGCAGGAAGGGGUAUUUUUGUUAAUAUACUAAAAGAGUAAAUCAAUAAUUUAAACUAACAGUAAAAAACUAAAUGAAUUAGAUAACAAUUAAAUACUUAGAAUUUUCAAAAUAAUAAAACUUUAUAAAUGCACCGAACCUUGGUUGGGCAUAAGUUUUUAACCAAAAUAAAAAGAUAAAAUUGGCCACUAAUUGCCUGCUUGAAUUUGCCACAAUAUAAGAACAAUUUGUCGACAAAAGGUCCCUCCAACUCCAGGUUCAUUAUUAUCAGAACCCAAAUGUCUCGCGGUCUUCUCAGAAUGCCAAACACAAGAUUGUACUCCAAAAGCCUUGAAUCCAAGCCUGAAAUCUCCACGCCUCCUUCUAACCCAGGGCUUCGUGUUUUUGUCAGGAGAAAUAGACUCAGCAAGCCUCAAAAUGCCCACAAAGCAUGUGAAGUACCAGACAUAGAAGAAUUUGCAUACAAUAAGGAAAAUGGAUCUGUGAUGUCAAGGAACUCAAAAUCCAAGCCAGAUACACUUGCUGUGAAGACUGAAGCUGCCUCUCUGAUUGGGCUAAGAGGUGAAUCACCUGCCAAUUGGGAAAAAGUUCUUGAGGGAAUUCGCAAAAUGAGGGCUUCAGAAGAUGCACCUGUAGAUUCUAUGGGAUGUGAGAAAGCUGGUAGUUCUCUUCCACCUAAGGAAAGAAGGUUUGCAGUCCUAGUAUCAUCACUUCUAUCAAGCCAAACCAAGGAUAAUGUUACUCAUGGAGCAAUACAGCGACUCCUUCAAAAUGAUCUGCUUACUGCAGAAGCCAUUGACAGAGCUGAUGAAGCAACCAUCAAGGACUUGAUUUACCCAGUUGGAUUUUAUGCAAGAAAGGCUGGUAAUAUGAAGAAAAUUGCUAAGAUUUGCCUCAUAAAGUAUGAUGGUGACAUACCUAGCUCAUUGAAGGAGUUGCUCUUACUUCCAGGAAUAGGUCCUAAGAUGGCUUACUUGGUCAUGAAUGUUGGAUGGGACAAUGUUCAAGGGAUAUGUGUAGAUACUCAUGUGCACCGUAUAUGCAAUCGGCUUGGAUGGGUAUCGAAGCAAGGCGGAAAGCAGAAAACUUCAUCCCCAGAGGAAACAAGAGAGGUAUUGCAGUUGUGGCUUCCAAAGGAAGAAUGGGUUCCUAUUAACCCUCUUUUGGUGGGAUUUGGACAAACAAUAUGCACCCCUCUUAGGCCUCGUUGUGAAAUGUGCAGCAUCAAUGACCUCUGCCCAUCCGCAUUCAAGGAAUCUGCAAGUCCAUCAUCUAAGUCAAAAAAGUGUGGACGCAGGUAGAUAUAAUAUAUUGGUUUAAGUUCACUGUUUGUGGAACAACUGGUUUCCUGUACCAUCUUGCUCACCAAUUUUUCCUAUCAUUAAGUGUUUGGUUAUGGAAGGAUGACAGACUCUCUUUUCAAAGGGUUACUGUGCUUAAUACCUCGUAUAAUUGGUAGGCAUUGUGUGCUUCAGUCUUGAUAGAUGGCUGCUCCCCAAAUUUUGGUUAGUAGGAAAUGGGAGCAAUGUGAUGUUGAGGGUCUUAUUUAAGCAGAACUUCCAAAUUCUCAAGUUGAACUAGCACUGUAGUAUAAAAUCAGGGGAUAAAUUGAGAUUAAACAAAUGUAAUCUAUGGACUAGUAUUGAUAUUAGUAAUGCAGCAAAAUGCUAUAAUUUUGUGUUUUUUUGAAA